CGCCGGAGUGCUGGUGCCGUCCAAGGCUGACCCUGCCACGGUGGAGAAGAUGAGCAUCUACCAGGCCAUGUGGAAGGGCAUCCUGCGGCAGGGCACGGCCCUGGUGCUGCUGGAGGCGCAGGCUGCCACGGGCUUCGUCAUUGACCCGCUCAAGAACGAGAAGCUCUCCGUGGACGAAGCCGUCUCCUCGGGGCUGGUGGGCAGCGAGCUGCACGAGAAGCUCCUGUCGGCAGAGCGAGCCGUGACAGGCUACACCGACCCCUACACCGGUGAGCAGAUCUCCCUCUUCCAGGCCAUGAAGAAGGAGCUCAUCGUCAAGGAGCACGGCAUCCGCCUGCUCGAGGCCCAGAUCGCCACCGGCGGCAUCAUCGACCCCGUGCACAGCCACCGCGUCCCCGUGGAGGUGGCCUACCGGCGCGGCUACUUCGACCAGGAGAUGAGCCAGAUCCUCUCCGACCCCACGGACGACACCAAGGGCUUCUUCGACCCCAACACGCACGAGAACCUCACCUACAUGCAGCUCCUCCGCCGCUGCGUCCCCGACCCGGACACGGGGCUCCUCAUGCUCCAGCUCAUGGACAAGGGCUCGCAGGAGCGGGAGCGGGAGCUGGAGCGGGCCCUGACGUCCCGCACCGUCGAGGUCUCAGUGGGCGGCUUCCAAGGCCGGAAGGUCUCCGUGUGGGAGCUCCUCUUCUCCAAGUACGUCUCCGAGGCAAAGAGGCAGGAGCUGCUGGGGAAGCUCCGGGACGGGAGCCUGACGCUGGACGAGCUGGCAAGGCUCAUCACCGUCCUCGUCGAGGAGACGGCGGCGAAGAGCAGCAACGUGAAGUUCGCGGGCUUCAGGAGGCAGGUGACCGCCUCGGACCUCAUGGACUCGGGAAUCAUCGACAAGGACACGCUGGCCGACCUCCUCCAGGGCUCCAAGACGGUGAAGGAGGUGACGGAAAUGGACUCUGUCAAGCGCUACCUGGACGGCACGGGCUGCAUCGCCGGAGUGCUGGUGCCGUCCAAGGCUGACCCUGCCACGGUGGAGAAGAUGAGCAUCUACCAGGCCAUGUGGAAGGGCAUCCUGCGGCAGGGCACGGCCCUGGUGCUGCUGGAGGCGCAGGCUGCCACGGGCUUCGUCAUUGACCCGCUCAAGAACGAGAAGCUCUCCGUGGACGAAGCCGUCUCCUCGGGGCUGGUGGGCAGCGAGCUGCACGAGAAGCUCCUGUCGGCAGAGCGAGCCGUGACAGGCUACACCGACCCCUACACCGGUGAGCAGAUCUCCCUCUUCCAGGCCAUGAAGAAGGAGCUCAUCGUCAAGGAGCACGGCAUCCGCCUGCUCGAGGCCCAGAUCGCCACCGGCGGCAUCAUCGACCCCGUGCACAGCCACCGCGUCCCCGUGGAGGUGGCCUACCGGCGCGGCUACUUCGACCAGGAGAUGAGCCAGAUCCUCUCCGACCCCACGGACGACACCAAGGGCUUCUUCGACCCCAACACGCACGAGAACCUCACCUACAUGCAGCUCCUCCGCCGCUGCGUCCCCGACCCGGACACGGGGCUCCUCAUGCUCCAGCUCAUGGACAAGGGCUCGGUGCUCUACCAGCUGAGCGAGGACGCCCGGAAAGCCCUGCAGGCGGCCCGCACCACCGUCAGCGGGGGUCUCUUUGAGGGCCAGAGCGUCACCGUGUGGGAGCUCCUCUUCUCUCGCUACAUCCCCGACCACCGGCGGCAGGAGCUCCUCGGGAAGUACAAGGCGGGGACGGUGACCAUCCCGGAGAUGAUCACCAUCCUCACCGCCAUUGUCGCCGGGACCGAGGGCCGGGGCCACGGCGCCGCCACGUUCGCGGGCUUCAGGAGGCAGGUGACCGCCUCGGACCUCAUGGACUCGGGAAUCAUCGACAAGGACACGCUGGCCGACCUCCUCCAGGGCUCCAAGACGGUGAAGGAGGUGACGGAAAUGGACUCUGUCAAGCGCUACCUGGACGGCACGGGCUGCAUCGCCGGAGUGCUGGUGCCGUCCAAGGCUGACCCUGCCACGGUGGAGAAGAUGAGCAUCUACCAGGCCAUGUGGAAGGGCAUCCUGCGGCAGGGCACGGCCCUGGUGCUGCUGGAGGCGCAGGCUGCCACGGGCUUCGUCAUUGACCCGCUCAAGAACGAGAAGCUCUCCGUGGACGAAGCCGUCUCCUCGGGGCUGGUGGGCAGCGAGCUGCACGAGAAGCUCCUGUCGGCAGAGCGAGCCGUGACAGGCUACACCGACCCCUACACCGGUGAGCAGAUCUCCCUCUUCCAGGCCAUGAAGAAGGAGCUCAUCGUCAAGGAGCACGGCAUCCGCCUGCUCGAGGCCCAGAUCGCCACCGGCGGCAUCAUCGACCCCGUGCACAGCCACCGCGUCCCCGUGGAGGUGGCCUACCGGCGCGGCUACUUCGACCAGGAGAUGAGCCAGAUCCUCUCCGACCCCACGGACGACACCAAGGGCUUCUUCGACCCCAACACGCACGAGAACCUCACCUACAUGCAGCUCCUCCGCCGCUGCGUCCCCGACCCGGACACGGGGCUCCUCAUGCUCCAGCUCAUGGACAAGGGCUCGUUCGCGGGCUUCAGGAGGCAGGUGACCGCCUCGGACCUCAUGGACUCGGGAAUCAUCGACAAGGACACGCUGGCCGACCUCCUCCAGGGCUCCAAGACGGUGAAGGAGGUGACGGAAAUGGACUCUGUCAAGCGCUACCUGGACGGCACGGGCUGCAUCGCCGGAGUGCUGGUGCCGUCCAAGGCUGACCCUGCCACGGUGGAGAAGAUGAGCAUCUACCAGGCCAUGUGGAAGGGCAUCCUGCGGCAGGGCACGGCCCUGGUGCUGCUGGAGGCGCAGGCUGCCACGGGCUUCGUCAUUGACCCGCUCAAGAACGAGAAGCUCUCCGUGGACGAAGCCGUCUCCUCGGGGCUGGUGGGCAGCGAGCUGCACGAGAAGCUCCUGUCGGCAGAGCGAGCCGUGACAGGCUACACCGACCCCUACACCGGUGAGCAGAUCUCCCUCUUCCAGGCCAUGAAGAAGGAGCUCAUCGUCAAGGAGCACGGCAUCCGCCUGCUCGAGGCCCAGAUCGCCACCGGCGGCAUCAUCGACCCCGUGCACAGCCACCGCGUCCCCGUGGAGGUGGCCUACCGGCGCGGCUACUUCGACCAGGAGAUGAGCCAGAUCCUCUCCGACCCCACGGACGACACCAAGGGCUUCUUCGACCCCAACACGCACGAGAACCUCACCUACAUGCAGCUCCUCCGCCGCUGCGUCCCCGACCCGGACACGGGGCUCCUCAUGCUCCAGCUCAUGGACAAGGGCUCGGUGCUCUACCAGCUGAGCGAGGACGCCCGGAAAGCCCUGCAGGCGGCCCGCACCACCGUCAGCGGGGGUCUCUUUGAGGGCCAGAGCGUCACCGUGUGGGAGCUCCUCUUCUCUCGCUACAUCCCCGACCACCGGCGGCAGGAGCUCCUCGGGAAGUACAAGGCGGGGACGGUGACCAUCCCGGAGAUGAUCACCAUCCUCACCGCCAUCGUCGCCGGGACCGAGGGCCGGGGCCACGGCGCCGCCACGGCCGGCAGGGCGCCGCGCCGGGAGGCGACGUCCUCGCCCGAGAACGGCGAGGCCGCGGGCUCCCCGCGGGAGCAGGAGCGGGAGCGGGAGCUGGAGCGGGCCCUGACGUCCCGCACCGUCGAGGUCUCAGUGGGCGGCUUCCAAGGCCGGAAGGUCUCCGUGUGGGAGCUCCUCUUCUCCAAGUACGUCUCCGAGGCAAAGAGGCAGGAGCUGCUGGGGAAGCUCCGGGACGGGAGCCUGACGCUGGACGAGCUGGCAAGGCUCAUCACCGUCCUCGUCGAGGAGACGGCGGCGAAGAGCAGCAACGUGAAGUUCGCGGGCUUCAGGAGGCAGGUGACCGCCUCGGACCUCAUGGACUCGGGAAUCAUCGACAAGGACACGCUGGCCGACCUCCUCCAGGGCUCCAAGACGGUGAAGGAGGUGACGGAAAUGGACUCUGUCAAGCGCUACCUGGACGGCACGGGCUGCAUCGCCGGAGUGCUGGUGCCGUCCAAGGCUGACCCUGCCACGGUGGAGAAGAUGAGCAUCUACCAGGCCAUGUGGAAGGGCAUCCUGCGGCAGGGCACGGCCCUGGUGCUGCUGGAGGCGCAGGCUGCCACGGGCUUCGUCAUUGACCCGCUCAAGAACGAGAAGCUCUCCGUGGACGAAGCCGUCUCCUCGGGGCUGGUGGGCAGCGAGCUGCACGAGAAGCUCCUGUCGGCAGAGCGAGCCGUGACAGGCUACACCGACCCCUACACCGGUGAGCAGAUCUCCCUCUUCCAGGCCAUGAAGAAGGAGCUCAUCGUCAAGGAGCACGGCAUCCGCCUGCUCGAGGCCCAGAUCGCCACCGGCGGCAUCAUCGACCCCGUGCACAGCCACCGCGUCCCCGUGGAGGUGGCCUACCGGCGCGGCUACUUCGACCAGGAGAUGAGCCAGAUCCUCUCCGACCCCACGGACGACACCAAGGGCUUCUUCGACCCCAACACGCACGAGAACCUCACCUACAUGCAGCUCCUCCGCCGCUGCGUCCCCGACCCGGACACGGGGCUCCUCAUGCUCCAGCUCAUGGACAAGGGCUCGGUGCUCUACCAGCUGAGCGAGGACGCCCGGAAAGCCCUGCAGGCGGCCCGCACCACCGUCAGCGGGGGUCUCUUUGAGGGCCAGAGCGUCACCGUGUGGGAGCUCCUCUUCUCUCGCUACAUCCCCGACCACCGGCGGCAGGAGCUCCUCGGGAAGUACAAGGCGGGGACGGUGACCAUCCCGGAGAUGAUCACCAUCCUCACCGCCAUCGUCGCCGGGACCGAGGGCCGGGGCCACGGCGCCGCCACGGCCGGCAGGGCGCCGCGCCGGGAGGCGACGUCCUCGCCCGAGAACGGCGAGGCCGCGGGCUCCCCGCGGGAGCAGGAGCGGGAGCGGGAGCUGGAGCGGGCCCUGACGUCCCGCACCGUCGAGGUCUCAGUGGGCGGCUUCCAAGGCCGGAAGGUCUCCGUGUGGGAGCUCCUCUUCUCCAAGUACGUCUCCGAGGCAAAGAGGCAGGAGCUGCUGGGGAAGCUCCGGGACGGGAGCCUGACGCUGGACGAGCUGGCAAGGCUCAUCACCGUCCUCGUCGAGGAGACGGCGGCGAAGAGCAGCAACGUGAAGUUCGCGGGCUUCAGGAGGCAGGUGACCGCCUCGGACCUCAUGGACUCGGGAAUCAUCGACAAGGACACGCUGGCCGACCUCCUCCAGGGCUCCAAGACGGUGAAGGAGGUGACGGAAAUGGACUCUGUCAAGCGCUACCUGGACGGCACGGGCUGCAUCGCCGGAGUGCUGGUGCCGUCCAAGGCUGACCCUGCCACGGUGGAGAAGAUGAGCAUCUACCAGGCCAUGUGGAAGGGCAUCCUGCGGCAGGGCACGGCCCUGGUGCUGCUGGAGGCGCAGGCUGCCACGGGCUUCGUCAUUGACCCGCUCAAGAACGAGAAGCUCUCCGUGGACGAAGCCGUCUCCUCGGGGCUGGUGGGCAGCGAGCUGCACGAGAAGCUCCUGUCGGCAGAGCGAGCCGUGACAGGCUACACCGACCCCUACACCGGUGAGCAGAUCUCCCUCUUCCAGGCCAUGAAGAAGGAGCUCAUCGUCAAGGAGCACGGCAUCCGCCUGCUCGAGGCCCAGAUCGCCACCGGCGGCAUCAUCGACCCCGUGCACAGCCACCGCGUCCCCGUGGAGGUGGCCUACCGGCGCGGCUACUUCGACCAGGAGAUGAGCCAGAUCCUCUCCGACCCCACGGACGACACCAAGGGCUUCUUCGACCCCAACACGCACGAGAACCUCACCUACAUGCAGCUCCUCCGCCGCUGCGUCCCCGACCCGGACACGGGGCUCCUCAUGCUCCAGCUCAUGGACAAGGGCUCGGUGCUCUACCAGCUGAGCGAGGACGCCCGGAAAGCCCUGCAGGCGGCCCGCACCACCGUCAGCGGGGGUCUCUUUGAGGGCCAGAGCGUCACCGUGUGGGAGCUCCUCUUCUCUCGCUACAUCCCCGACCACCGGCGGCAGGAGCUCCUCGGGAAGUACAAGGCGGGGACGGUGACCAUCCCGGAGAUGAUCACCAUCCUCACCGCCAUCGUCGCCGGGACCGAGGGCCGGGGCCACGGCGCCGCCACGGCCGGCAGGGCGCCGCGCCGGGAGGCGACGUCCUCGCCCGAGAACGGCGAGGCCGCGGGCUCCCCGCGGGAGCAGGAGCGGGAGCGGGAGCUGGAGCGGGCCCUGACGUCCCGCACCGUCGAGGUCUCAGUGGGCGGCUUCCAAGGCCGGAAGGUCUCCGUGUGGGAGCUCCUCUUCUCCAAGUACGUCUCCGAGGCAAAGAGGCAGGAGCUGCUGGGGAAGCUCCGGGACGGGAGCCUGACGCUGGACGAGCUGGCAAGGCUCAUCACCGUCCUCGUCGAGGAGACGGCGGCGAAGAGCAGCAACGUGAAGUUCGCGGGCUUCAGGAGGCAGGUGACCGCCUCGGACCUCAUGGACUCGGGAAUCAUCGACAAGGACACGCUGGCCGACCUCCUCCAGGGCUCCAAGACGGUGAAGGAGGUGACGGAAAUGGACUCUGUCAAGCGCUACCUGGACGGCACGGGCUGCAUCGCCGGAGUGCUGGUGCCGUCCAAGGCUGACCCUGCCACGGUGGAGAAGAUGAGCAUCUACCAGGCCAUGUGGAAGGGCAUCCUGCGGCAGGGCACGGCCCUGGUGCUGCUGGAGGCGCAGGCUGCCACGGGCUUCGUCAUUGACCCGCUCAAGAACGAGAAGCUCUCCGUGGACGAAGCCGUCUCCUCGGGGCUGGUGGGCAGCGAGCUGCACGAGAAGCUCCUGUCGGCAGAGCGAGCCGUGACAGGCUACACCGACCCCUACACCGGUGAGCAGAUCUCCCUCUUCCAGGCCAUGAAGAAGGAGCUCAUCGUCAAGGAGCACGGCAUCCGCCUGCUCGAGGCCCAGAUCGCCACCGGCGGCAUCAUCGACCCCGUGCACAGCCACCGCGUCCCCGUGGAGGUGGCCUACCGGCGCGGCUACUUCGACCAGGAGAUGAGCCAGAUCCUCUCCGACCCCACGGACGACACCAAGGGCUUCUUCGACCCCAACACGCACGAGAACCUCACCUACAUGCAGCUCCUCCGCCGCUGCGUCCCCGACCCGGACACGGGGCUCCUCAUGCUCCAGCUCAUGGACAAGGGCUCGGUGCUCUACCAGCUGAGCGAGGACGCCCGGAAAGCCCUGCAGGCGGCCCGCACCACCGUCAGCGGGGGUCUCUUUGAGGGCCAGAGCGUCACCGUGUGGGAGCUCCUCUUCUCUCGCUACAUCCCCGACCACCGGCGGCAGGAGCUCCUCGGGAAGUACAAGGCGGGGACGGUGACCAUCCCGGAGAUGAUCACCAUCCUCACCGCCAUCGUCGCCGGGACCGAGGGCCGGGGCCACGGCGCCGCCACGGCCGGCAGGGCGCCGCGCCGGGAGGCGACGUCCUCGCCCGAGAACGGCGAGGCCGCGGGCUCCCCGCGGGAGCAGGAGCGGGAGCGGGAGCUGGAGCGGGCCCUGACGUCCCGCACCGUCGAGGUCUCAGUGGGCGGCUUCCAAGGCCGGAAGGUCUCCGUGUGGGAGCUCCUCUUCUCCAAGUACGUCUCCGAGGCAAAGAGGCAGGAGCUGCUGGGGAAGCUCCGGGACGGGAGCCUGACGCUGGACGAGCUGGCAAGGCUCAUCACCGUCCUCGUCGAGGAGACGGCGGCGAAGAGCAGCAACGUGAAGUUCGCGGGCUUCAGGAGGCAGGUGACCGCCUCGGACCUCAUGGACUCGGGAAUCAUCGACAAGGACACGCUGGCCGACCUCCUCCAGGGCUCCAAGACGGUGAAGGAGGUGACGGAAAUGGACUCUGUCAAGCGCUACCUGGACGGCACGGGCUGCAUCGCCGGAGUGCUGGUGCCGUCCAAGGCUGACCCUGCCACGGUGGAGAAGAUGAGCAUCUACCAGGCCAUGUGGAAGGGCAUCCUGCGGCAGGGCACGGCCCUGGUGCUGCUGGAGGCGCAGGCUGCCACGGGCUUCGUCAUUGACCCGCUCAAGAACGAGAAGCUCUCCGUGGACGAAGCCGUCUCCUCGGGGCUGGUGGGCAGCGAGCUGCACGAGAAGCUCCUGUCGGCAGAGCGAGCCGUGACAGGCUACACCGACCCCUACACCGGUGAGCAGAUCUCCCUCUUCCAGGCCAUGAAGAAGGAGCUCAUCGUCAAGGAGCACGGCAUCCGCCUGCUCGAGGCCCAGAUCGCCACCGGCGGCAUCAUCGACCCCGUGCACAGCCACCGCGUCCCCGUGGAGGUGGCCUACCGGCGCGGCUACUUCGACCAGGAGAUGAGCCAGAUCCUCUCCGACCCCACGGACGACACCAAGGGCUUCUUCGACCCCAACACGCACGAGAACCUCACCUACAUGCAGCUCCUCCGCCGCUGCGUCCCCGACCCGGACACGGGGCUCCUCAUGCUCCAGCUCAUGGACAAGGGCUCGGUGCUCUACCAGCUGAGCGAGGACGCCCGGAAAGCCCUGCAGGCGGCCCGCACCACCGUCAGCGGGGGUCUCUUUGAGGGCCAGAGCGUCACCGUGUGGGAGCUCCUCUUCUCUCGCUACAUCCCCGACCACCGGCGGCAGGAGCUCCUCGGGAAGUACAAGGCGGGGACGGUGACCAUCCCGGAGAUGAUCACCAUCCUCACCGCCAUCGUCGCCGGGACCGAGGGCCGGGGCCACGGCGCCGCCACGGCCGGCAGGGCGCCGCGCCGGGAGGCGACGUCCUCGCCCGAGAACGGCGAGGCCGCGGGCUCCCCGCGGGAGCAGGAGCGGGAGCGGGAGCUGGAGCGGGCCCUGACGUCCCGCACCGUCGAGGUCUCAGUGGGCGGCUUCCAAGGCCGGAAAGUCUCCGUGUGGGAGCUCCUCUUCUCCAAGUACGUCUCCGAGGCAAAGAGGCAGGAGCUGCUGGGGAAGCUCCGGGACGGGAGCCUGACGCUGGACGAGCUGGCAAGGCUCAUCACCGUCCUCGUCGAGGAGACGGCGGCGAAGAGCAGCAACGUGAAGUUCGCGGGCUUCAGGAGGCAGGUGACCGCCUCGGACCUCAUGGACUCGGGAAUCAUCGACAAGGACACGCUGGCCGACCUCCUCCAGGGCUCCAAGACGGUGAAGGAGGUGACGGAAAUGGACUCUGUCAAGCGCUACCUGGACGGCACGGGCUGCAUCGCCGGAGUGCUGGUGCCGUCCAAGGCUGACCCUGCCACGGUGGAGAAGAUGAGCAUCUACCAGGCCAUGUGGAAGGGCAUCCUGCGGCAGGGCACGGCCCUGGUGCUGCUGGAGGCGCAGGCUGCCACGGGCUUCGUCAUUGACCCGCUCAAGAACGAGAAGCUCUCCGUGGACGAAGCCGUCUCCUCGGGGCUGGUGGGCAGCGAGCUGCACGAGAAGCUCCUGUCGGCAGAGCGAGCCGUGACAGGCUACACCGACCCCUACACCGGUGAGCAGAUCUCCCUCUUCCAGGCCAUGAAGAAGGAGCUCAUCGUCAAGGAGCACGGCAUCCGCCUGCUCGAGGCCCAGAUCGCCACCGGCGGCAUCAUCGACCCCGUGCACAGCCACCGCGUCCCCGUGGAGGUGGCCUACCGGCGCGGCUACUUCGACCAGGAGAUGAGCCAGAUCCUCUCCGACCCCACGGACGACACCAAGGGCUUCUUCGACCCCAACACGCACGAGAACCUCACCUACAUGCAGCUCCUCCGCCGCUGCGUCCCCGACCCGGACACGGGGCUCCUCAUGCUCCAGCUCAUGGACAAGGGCUCGGUGCUCUACCAGCUGAGCGAGGACGCCCGGAAAGCCCUGCAGGCGGCCCGCACCACCGUCAGCGGGGGUCUCUUUGAGGGCCAGAGCGUCACCGUGUGGGAGCUCCUCUUCUCUCGCUACAUCCCCGACCACCGGCGGCAGGAGCUCCUCGGGAAGUACAAGGCGGGGACGGUGACCAUCCCGGAGAUGAUCACCAUCCUCACCGCCAUCGUCGCCGGGACCGAGGGCCGGGGCCACGGCGCCGCCACGGCCGGCAGGGCGCCGCGCCGGGAGGCGACGUCCUCGCCCGAGAACGGCGAGGCCGCGGGCUCCCCGCGGGAGCAGGAGCGGGAGCGGGAGCUGGAGCGGGCCCUGACGUCCCGCACCGUCGAGGUCUCAGUGGGCGGCUUCCAAGGCCGGAAAGUCUCCGUGUGGGAGCUCCUCUUCUCCAAGUACGUCUCCGAGGCAAAGAGGCAGGAGCUGCUGGGGAAGCUCCGGGACGGGAGCCUGACGCUGGACGAGCUGGCAAGGCUCAUCACCGUCCUCGUCGAGGAGACGGCGGCGAAGAGCAGCAACGUGAAGUUCGCGGGCUUCAGGAGGCAGGUGACCGCCUCGGACCUCAUGGACUCGGGAAUCAUCGACAAGGACACGCUGGCCGACCUCCUCCAGGGCUCCAAGACGGUGAAGGAGGUGACGGAAAUGGACUCUGUCAAGCGCUACCUGGACGGCACGGGCUGCAUCGCCGGAGUGCUGGUGCCGUCCAAGGCUGACCCUGCCACGGUGGAGAAGAUGAGCAUCUACCAGGCCAUGUGGAAGGGCAUCCUGCGGCAGGGCACGGCCCUGGUGCUGCUGGAGGCGCAGGCUGCCACGGGCUUCGUCAUUGACCCGCUCAAGAACGAGAAGCUCUCCGUGGACGAAGCCGUCUCCUCGGGGCUGGUGGGCAGCGAGCUGCACGAGAAGCUCCUGUCGGCAGAGCGAGCCGUGACAGGCUACACCGACCCCUACACCGGUGAGCAGAUCUCCCUCUUCCAGGCCAUGAAGAAGGAGCUCAUCGUCAAGGAGCACGGCAUCCGCCUGCUCGAGGCCCAGAUCGCCACCGGCGGCAUCAUCGACCCCGUGCACAGCCACCGCGUCCCCGUGGAGGUGGCCUACCGGCGCGGUUACUUCGACCAGGAGAUGAGCCAGAUCCUCUCCGACCCCACGGACGACACCAAGGGCUUCUUCGACCCCAACACGCACGAGAACCUCACCUACAUGCAGCUCCUCCGCCGCUGCGUCCCCGACCCGGACACGGGGCUCCUCAUGCUCCAGCUCAUGGACAAGGGCUCGGUGCUCUACCAGCUGAGCGAGGACGCCCGGAAAGCCCUGCAGGCGGCCCGCACCACCGUCAGCGGGGGUCUCUUUGAGGGCCAGAGCGUCACCGUGUGGGAGCUCCUCUUCUCUCGCUACAUCCCCGACCACCGGCGGCAGGAGCUCCUCGGGAAGUACAAGGCGGGGACGGUGACCAUCCCGGAGAUGAUCACCAUCCUCACCGCCAUCGUCGCCGGGACCGAGGGCCGGGGCCACGGCGCCGCCACGGCCGGCAGGGCGCCGCGCCGGGAGGCGACGUCCUCGCCCGAGAACGGCGAGGCCGCGGGCUCCCCGCGGGAGCAGGAGCGGGAGCGGGAGCUGGAGCGGGCCCUGACGUCCCGCACCGUCGAGGUCUCAGUGGGCGGCUUCCAAGGCCGGAAGGUCUCCGUGUGGGAGCUCCUCUUCUCCAAGUACGUCUCCGAGGCAAAGAGGCAGGAGCUGCUGGGGAAGCUCCGGGACGGGAGCCUGACGCUGGACGAGCUGGCAAGGCUCAUCACCGUCCUCGUCGAGGAGACGGCGGCGAAGAGCAGCAACGUGAAGUUCGCGGGCUUCAGGAGGCAGGUGACCGCCUCGGACCUCAUGGACUCGGGAAUCAUCGACAAGGACACGCUGGCCGACCUCCUCCAGGGCUCCAAGACGGUGAAGGAGGUGACGGAAAUGGACUCUGUCAAGCGCUACCUGGACGGCACGGGCUGCAUCGCCGGAGUGCUGGUGCCGUCCAAGGCUGACCCUGCCACGGUGGAGAAGAUGAGCAUCUACCAGGCCAUGUGGAAGGGCAUCCUGCGGCAGGGCACGGCCCUGGUGCUGCUGGAGGCGCAGGCUGCCACGGGCUUCGUCAUUGACCCGCUCAAGAACGAGAAGCUCUCCGUGGACGAAGCCGUCUCCUCGGGGCUGGUGGGCAGCGAGCUGCACGAGAAGCUCCUGUCGGCAGAGCGAGCCGUGACAGGCUACACCGACCCCUACACCGGUGAGCAGAUCUCCCUCUUCCAGGCCAUGAAGAAGGAGCUCAUCGUCAAGGAGCACGGCAUCCACCUGCUCGAGGCCCAGAUCGCCACCGGCGGCAUCAUCGACCCCGUGCACAGCCACCGCGUCCCCGUGGAGGUGGCCUACCGGCGCGGCUACUUCGACCAGGAGAUGAGCCAGAUCCUCUCCGACCCCACGGACGACACCAAGGGCUUCUUCGACCCCAACACGCACGAGAACCUCACCUACAUGCAGCUCCUCCGCCGCUGCGUCCCCGACCCGGACACGGGGCUCCUCAUGCUCCAGCUCAUGGACAAGGGCUCGGUGCUCUACCAGCUGAGCGAGGACGCCCGGAAAGCCCUGCAGGCGGCCCGCACCACCGUCAGCGGGGGUCUCUUUGAGGGCCAGAGCGUCACCGUGUGGGAGCUCCUCUUCUCUCGCUACAUCCCCGACCACCGGCGGCAGGAGCUCCUCGGGAAGUACAAGGCGGGGACGGUGACCAUCCCGGAGAUGAUCACCAUCCUCACCGCCAUCGUCGCCGGGACCGAGGGCCGGGGCCACGGCGCCGCCACGGCCGGCAGGGCGCCGCGCCGGGAGGCAACGUCCUCGCCCGAGAACGGCGAGGCCGCGGGCUCCCCGCGGGAGCAGGAGCGGGAGCGGGAGCUGGAGCGGGCCCUGACGUCCCGCACCGUCGAGGUCUCAGUGGGCGGCUUCCAAGGCCGGAAAGUCUCCGUGUGGGAGCUCCUCUUCUCCAAGUACGUCUCCGAGGCAAAGAGGCAGGAGCUGCUGGGGAAGCUCCGGGACGGGAGCCUGACGCUGGACGAGCUGGCAAGGCUCAUCACCGUCCUCGUCGAGGAGACGGCGGCGAAGAGCAGCAACGUGAAGUUCGCGGGCUUCAGGAGGCAGGUGACCGCCUCGGACCUCAUGGACUCGGGAAUCAUCGACAAGGACACGCUGGCCGACCUCCUCCAGGGCUCCAAGACGGUGAAGGAGGUGACGGAAAUGGACUCUGUCAAGCGCUACCUGGACGGCACGGGCUGCAUCGCCGGAGUGCUGGUGCCGUCCAAGGCUGACCCUGCCACGGUGGAGAAGAUGAGCAUCUACCAGGCCAUGUGGAAGGGCAUCCUGCGGCAGGGCACGGCCCUGGUGCUGCUGGAGGCGCAGGCUGCCACGGGCUUCGUCAUUGACCCGCUCAAGAACGAGAAGCUCUCCGUGGACGAAGCCGUCUCCUCGGGGCUGGUGGGCAGCGAGCUGCACGAGAAGCUCCUGUCGGCAGAGCGAGCCGUGACAGGCUACACCGACCCCUACACCGGUGAGCAGAUCUCCCUCUUCCAGGCCAUGAAGAAGGAGCUCAUCGUCAAGGAGCACGGCAUCCGCCUGCUCGAGGCCCAGAUCGCCACCGGCGGCAUCAUCGACCCCGUGCACAGCCACCGCGUCCCCGUGGAGGUGGCCUACCGGCGCGGCUACUUCGACCAGGAGAUGAGCCAGAUCCUCUCCGACCCCACGGACGACACCAAGGGCUUCUUCGACCCCAACACGCACGAGAACCUCACCUACAUGCAGCUCCUCCGCCGCUGCGUCCCCGACCCGGACACGGGGCUCCUCAUGCUCCAGCUCAUGGACAAGGGCUCGGUGCUCUACCAGCUGAGCGAGGACGCCCGGAAAGCCCUGCAGGCGGCCCGCACCACCGUCAGCGGGGGUCUCUUUGAGGGCCAGAGCGUCUCCGUGUGGGAGCUCCUCUUCUCCAAGUACGUCUCCGAGGCAAAGAGGCAGGAGCUGCUGGGGAAGCUCCGGGACGGGAGCCUGACGCUGGACGAGCUGGCAAGGCUCAUCACCGUCCUCGUCGAGGAGACGGCGGCGAAGAGCAGCAACGUGAAGUUCGCGGGCUUCAGGAGGCAGGUGACCGCCUCGGACCUCAUGGACUCGGGAAUCAUCGACAAGGACACGCUGGCCGACCUCCUCCAGGGCUCCAAGACGGUGAAGGAGGUGACGGAAAUGGACUCUGUCAAGCGCUACCUGGACGGCACGGGCUGCAUCGCCGGAGUGCUGGUGCCGUCCAAGGCUGACCCUGCCACGGUGGAGAAGAUGAGCAUCUACCAGGCCAUGUGGAAGGGCAUCCUGCGGCAGGGCACGGCCCUGGUGCUGCUGGAGGCGCAGGCUGCCACGGGCUUCGUCAUUGACCCGCUCAAGAACGAGAAGCUCUCCGUGGACGAAGCCGUCUCCUCGGGGCUGGUGGGCAGCGAGCUGCACGAGAAGCUCCUGUCGGCAGAGCGAGCCGUGACAGGCUACACCGACCCCUACACCGGUGAGCAGAUCUCCCUCUUCCAGGCCAUGAAGAAGGAGCUCAUCGUCAAGGAGCACGGCAUCCGCCUGCUCGAGGCCCAGAUCGCCACCGGCGGCAUCAUCGACCCCGUGCACAGCCACCGCGUCCCCGUGGAGGUGGCCUACCGGCGCGGCUACUUCGACCAGGAGAUGAGCCAGAUCCUCUCCGACCCCACGGACGACACCAAGGGCUUCUUCGACCCCAACACGCACGAGAACCUCACCUACAUGCAGCUCCUCCGCCGCUGCGUCCCCGACCCGGACACGGGGCUCCUCAUGCUCCAGCUCAUGGACAAGGGCUCGGUGCUCUACCAGCUGAGCGAGGACCUGGAGCGGGCCCUGACGUCCCGCACCGUCGAGGUCUCAGUGGGCGGCUUCCAAGGCCGGAAGGUCUCCGUGUGGGAGCUCCUCUUCUCCAAGUACGUCUCCGAGGCAAAGAGGCAGGAGCUGCUGGGGAAGCUCCGGGACGGGAGCCUGACGCUGGACGAGCUGGCAAGGCUCAUCACCGUCCUCGUCGAGGAGACGGCGGCGAAGAGCAGCAACGUGAAGUUCGCGGGCUUCAGGAGGCAGGUGACCGCCUCGGACCUCAUGGACUCGGGAAUCAUCGACAAGGACACGCUGGCCGACCUCCUCCAGGGCUCCAAGACGGUGAAGGAGGUGACGGAAAUGGACUCUGUCAAGCGCUACCUGGACGGCACGGGCUGCAUCGCCGGAGUGCUGGUGCCGUCCAAGGCUGACCCUGCCACGGUGGAGAAGAUGAGCAUCUACCAGGCCAUGUGGAAGGGCAUCCUGCGGCAGGGCACGGCCCUGGUGCUGCUGGAGGCGCAGGCUGCCACGGGCUUCGUCAUUGACCCGCUCAAGAACGAGAAGCUCUCCGUGGACGAAGCCGUCUCCUCGGGGCUGGUGGGCAGCGAGCUGCACGAGAAGCUCCUGUCGGCAGAGCGAGCCGUGACAGGCUACACCGACCCCUACACCGGUGAGCAGAUCUCCCUCUUCCAGGCCAUGAAGAAGGAGCUCAUCGUCAAGGAGCACGGCAUCCGCCUGCUCGAGGCCCAGAUCGCCACCGGCGGCAUCAUCGACCCCGUGCACAGCCACCGCGUCCCCGUGGAGGUGGCCUACCGGCGCGGCUACUUCGACCAGGAGAUGAGCCAGAUCCUCUCCGACCCCACGGACGACACCAAGGGCUUCUUCGACCCCAACACGCACGAGAACCUCACCUACAUGCAGCUCCUCCGCCGCUGCGUCCCCGACCCGGACACGGGGCUCCUCAUGCUCCAGCUCAUGGACAAGGGCUCGGUGCUCUACCAGCUGAGCGAGGACGCCCGGAAAGCCCUGCAGGCGGCCCGCACCACCGUCAGCGGGGGUCUCUUUGAGGGCCAGAGCGUCACCGUGUGGGAGCUCCUCUUCUCUCGCUACAUCCCCGACCACCGGCGGCAGGAGCUCCUCGGGAAGUACAAGGCGGGGACGGUGACCAUCCCGGAGAUGAUCACCAUCCUCACCGCCAUCGUCGCCGGGACCGAGGGCCGGGGCCACGGCGCCGCCACGGCCGGCAGGGCGCCGCGCCGGGAGGCGACGUCCUCGCCCGAGAACGGCGAGGCCGCGGGCUCCCCGCGGGAGCAGGAGCGGGAGCGGGAGCUGGAGCGGGCCCUGACGUCCCGCACCGUCGAGGUCUCAGUGGGCGGCUUCCAAGGCCGGAAAGUCUCCGUGUGGGAGCUCCUCUUCUCCAAGUACGUCUCCGAGGCAAAGAGGCAGGAGCUGCUGGGGAAGCUCCGGGACGGGAGCCUGACGCUGGACGAGCUGGCAAGGCUCAUCACCGUCCUCGUCGAGGAGACGGCGGCGAAGAGCAGCAACGUGAAGUUCGCGGGCUUCAGGAGGCAGGUGACCGCCUCGGACCUCAUGGACUCGGGAAUCAUCGACAAGGACACGCUGGCCGACCUCCUCCAGGGCUCCAAGACGGUGAAGGAGGUGACGGAAAUGGACUCUGUCAAGCGCUACCUGGACGGCACGGGCUGCAUCGCCGGAGUGCUGGUGCCGUCCAAGGCUGACCCUGCCACGGUGGAGAAGAUGAGCAUCUACCAGGCCAUGUGGAAGGGCAUCCUGCGGCAGGGCACGGCCCUGGUGCUGCUGGAGGCGCAGGCUGCCACGGGCUUCGUCAUUGACCCGCUCAAGAACGAGAAGCUCUCCGUGGACGAAGCCGUCUCCUCGGGGCUGGUGGGCAGCGAGCUGCACGAGAAGCUCCUGUCGGCAGAGCGAGCCGUGACAGGCUACACCGACCCCUACACCGGUGAGCAGAUCUCCCUCUUCCAGGCCAUGAAGAAGGAGCUCAUCGUCAAGGAGCACGGCAUCCGCCUGCUCGAGGCCCAGAUCGCCACCGGCGGCAUCAUCGACCCCGUGCACAGCCACCGCGUCCCCGUGGAGGUGGCCUACCGGCGCGGCUACUUCGACCAGGAGAUGAGCCAGAUCCUCUCCGACCCCACGGACGACACCAAGGGCUUCUUCGACCCCAACACGCACGAGAACCUCACCUACAUGCAGCUCCUCCGCCGCUGCGUCCCCGACCCGGACACGGGGCUCCUCAUGCUCCAGCUCAUGGACAAGGGCUCGGUGCUCUACCAGCUGAGCGAGGACGCCCGGAAAGCCCUGCAGGCGGCCCGCACCACCGUCAGCGGGGGUCUCUUUGAGGGCCAGAGCGUCACCGUGUGGGAGCUCCUCUUCUCUCGCUACAUCCCCGACCACCGGCGGCAGGAGCUCCUCGGGAAGUACAAGGCGGGGACGGUGACCAUCCCGGAGAUGAUCACCAUCCUCACCGCCAUCGUCGCCGGGACCGAGGGCCGGGGCCACGGCGCCGCCACGGCCGGCAGGGCGCCGCGCCGGGAGGCGACGUCCUCGCCCGAGAACGGCGAGGCCGCGGGCUCCCCGCGGGAGCAGGAGCGGGAGCGGGAGCUGGAGCGGGCCCUGACGUCCCGCACCGUCGAGGUCUCAGUGGGCGGCUUCCAAGGCCGGAAAGUCUCCGUGUGGGAGCUCCUCUUCUCCAAGUACGUCUCCGAGGCAAAGAGGCAGGAGCUGCUGGGGAAGCUCCGGGACGGGAGCCUGACGCUGGACGAGCUGGCAAGGCUCAUCACCGUCCUCGUCGAGGAGACGGCGGCGAAGAGCAGCAACGUGAAGUUCGCGGGCUUCAGGAGGCAGGUGACCGCCUCGGACCUCAUGGACUCGGGAAUCAUCGACAAGGACACGCUGGCCGACCUCCUCCAGGGCUCCAAGACGGUGAAGGAGGUGACGGAAAUGGACUCUGUCAAGCGCUACCUGGACGGCACGGGCUGCAUCGCCGGAGUGCUGGUGCCGUCCAAGGCUGACCCUGCCACGGUGGAGAAGAUGAGCAUCUACCAGGCCAUGUGGAAGGGCAUCCUGCGGCAGGGCACGGCCCUGGUGCUGCUGGAGGCGCAGGCUGCCACGGGCUUCGUCAUUGACCCGCUCAAGAACGAGAAGCUCUCCGUGGACGAAGCCGUCUCCUCGGGGCUGGUGGGCAGCGAGCUGCACGAGAAGCUCCUGUCGGCAGAGCGAGCCGUGACAGGCUACACCGACCCCUACACCGGUGAGCAGAUCUCCCUCUUCCAGGCCAUGAAGAAGGAGCUCAUCGUCAAGGAGCACGGCAUCCGCCUGCUCGAGGCCCAGAUCGCCACCGGCGGCAUCAUCGACCCCGUGCACAGCCACCGCGUCCCCGUGGAGGUGGCCUACCGGCGCGGUUACUUCGACCAGGAGAUGAGCCAGAUCCUCUCCGACCCCACGGACGACACCAAGGGCUUCUUCGACCCCAACACGCACGAGAACCUCACCUACAUGCAGCUCCUCCGCCGCUGCGUCCCCGACCCGGACACGGGGCUCCUCAUGCUCCAGCUCAUGGACAAGGGCUCGGUGCUCUACCAGCUGAGCGAGGACGCCCGGAAAGCCCUGCAGGCGGCCCGCACCACCGUCAGCGGGGGUCUCUUUGAGGGCCAGAGCGUCACCGUGUGGGAGCUCCUCUUCUCUCGCUACAUCCCCGACCACCGGCGGCAGGAGCUCCUCGGGAAGUACAAGGCGGGGACGGUGACCAUCCCGGAGAUGAUCACCAUCCUCACCGCCAUCGUCGCCGGGACCGAGGGCCGGGGCCACGGCGCCGCCACGGCCGGCAGGGCGCCGCGCCGGGAGGCGACGUCCUCGCCCGAGAACGGCGAGGCCGCGGGCUCCCCGCGGGAGCAGGAGCGGGAGCGGGAGCUGGAGCGGGCCCUGACGUCCCGCACCGUCGAGGUCUCAGUGGGCGGCUUCCAAGGCCGGAAGGUCUCCGUGUGGGAGCUCCUCUUCUCCAAGUACGUCUCCGAGGCAAAGAGGCAGGAGCUGCUGGGGAAGCUCCGGGACGGGAGCCUGACGCUGGACGAGCUGGCAAGGCUCAUCACCGUCCUCGUCGAGGAGACGGCGGCGAAGAGCAGCAACGUGAAGUUCGCGGGCUUCAGGAGGCAGGUGACCGCCUCGGACCUCAUGGACUCGGGAAUCAUCGACAAGGACACGCUGGCCGACCUCCUCCAGGGCUCCAAGACGGUGAAGGAGGUGACGGAAAUGGACUCUGUCAAGCGCUACCUGGACGGCACGGGCUGCAUCGCCGGAGUGCUGGUGCCGUCCAAGGCUGACCCUGCCACGGUGGAGAAGAUGAGCAUCUACCAGGCCAUGUGGAAGGGCAUCCUGCGGCAGGGCACGGCCCUGGUGCUGCUGGAGGCGCAGGCUGCCACGGGCUUCGUCAUUGACCCGCUCAAGAACGAGAAGCUCUCCGUGGACGAAGCCGUCUCCUCGGGGCUGGUGGGCAGCGAGCUGCACGAGAAGCUCCUGUCGGCAGAGCGAGCCGUGACAGGCUACACCGACCCCUACACCGGUGAGCAGAUCUCCCUCUUCCAGGCCAUGAAGAAGGAGCUCAUCGUCAAGGAGCACGGCAUCCACCUGCUCGAGGCCCAGAUCGCCACCGGCGGCAUCAUCGACCCCGUGCACAGCCACCGCGUCCCCGUGGAGGUGGCCUACCGGCGCGGCUACUUCGACCAGGAGAUGAGCCAGAUCCUCUCCGACCCCACGGACGACACCAAGGGCUUCUUCGACCCCAACACGCACGAGAACCUCACCUACAUGCAGCUCCUCCGCCGCUGCGUCCCCGACCCGGACACGGGGCUCCUCAUGCUCCAGCUCAUGGACAAGGGCUCGGUGCUCUACCAGCUGAGCGAGGACGCCCGGAAAGCCCUGCAGGCGGCCCGCACCACCGUCAGCGGGGGUCUCUUUGAGGGCCAGAGCGUCACCGUGUGGGAGCUCCUCUUCUCUCGCUACAUCCCCGACCACCGGCGGCAGGAGCUCCUCGGGAAGUACAAGGCGGGGACGGUGACCAUCCCGGAGAUGAUCACCAUCCUCACCGCCAUCGUCGCCGGGACCGAGGGCCGGGGCCACGGCGCCGCCACGGCCGGCAGGGCGCCGCGCCGGGAGGCAACGUCCUCGCCCGAGAACGGCGAGGCCGCGGGCUCCCCGCGGGAGCAGGAGCGGGAGCGGGAGCUGGAGCGGGCCCUGACGUCCCGCACCGUCGAGGUCUCAGUGGGCGGCUUCCAAGGCCGGAAAGUCUCCGUGUGGGAGCUCCUCUUCUCCAAGUACGUCUCCGAGGCAAAGAGGCAGGAGCUGCUGGGGAAGCUCCGGGACGGGAGCCUGACGCUGGACGAGCUGGCAAGGCUCAUCACCGUCCUCGUCGAGGAGACGGCGGCGAAGAGCAGCAACGUGAAGUUCGCGGGCUUCAGGAGGCAGGUGACCGCCUCGGACCUCAUGGACUCGGGAAUCAUCGACAAGGACACGCUGGCCGACCUCCUCCAGGGCUCCAAGACGGUGAAGGAGGUGACGGAAAUGGACUCUGUCAAGCGCUACCUGGACGGCACGGGCUGCAUCGCCGGAGUGCUGGUGCCGUCCAAGGCUGACCCUGCCACGGUGGAGAAGAUGAGCAUCUACCAGGCCAUGUGGAAGGGCAUCCUGCGGCAGGGCACGGCCCUGGUGCUGCUGGAGGCGCAGGCUGCCACGGGCUUCGUCAUUGACCCGCUCAAGAACGAGAAGCUCUCCGUGGACGAAGCCGUCUCCUCGGGGCUGGUGGGCAGCGAGCUGCACGAGAAGCUCCUGUCGGCAGAGCGAGCCGUGACAGGCUACACCGACCCCUACACCGGUGAGCAGAUCUCCCUCUUCCAGGCCAUGAAGAAGGAGCUCAUCGUCAAGGAGCACGGCAUCCGCCUGCUCGAGGCCCAGAUCGCCACCGGCGGCAUCAUCGACCCCGUGCACAGCCACCGCGUCCCCGUGGAGGUGGCCUACCGGCGCGGCUACUUCGACCAGGAGAUGAGCCAGAUCCUCUCCGACCCCACGGACGACACCAAGGGCUUCUUCGACCCCAACACGCACGAGAACCUCACCUACAUGCAGCUCCUCCGCCGCUGCGUCCCCGACCCGGACACGGGGCUCCUCAUGCUCCAGCUCAUGGACAAGGGCUCGGUGCUCUACCAGCUGAGCGAGGACGCCCGGAAAGCCCUGCAGGCGGCCCGCACCACCGUCAGCGGGGGUCUCUUUGAGGGCCAGAGCGUCACCGUGUGGGAGCUCCUCUUCUCUCGCUACAUCCCCGACCACCGGCGGCAGGAGCUCCUCGGGAAGUACAAGGCGGGGACGGUGACCAUCCCGGAGAUGAUCACCAUCCUCACCGCCAUCGUCGCCGGGACCGAGGGCCGGGGCCACGGCGCCGCCACGGCCGGCAGGGCGCCGCGCCGGGAGGCGACGUCCUCGCCCGAGAACGGCGAGGCCGCGGGCUCCCCGCGGGAGCAGGAGCGGGAGCGGGAGCUGGAGCGGGCCCUGACGUCCCGCACCGUCGAGGUCUCAGUGGGCGGCUUCCAAGGCCGGAAAGUCUCCGUGUGGGAGCUCCUCUUCUCCAAGUACGUCUCCGAGGCAAAGAGGCAGGAGCUGCUGGGGAAGCUCCGGGACGGGAGCCUGACGCUGGACGAGCUGGCAAGGCUCAUCACCGUCCUCGUCGAGGAGACGGCGGCGAAGAGCAGCAACGUGAAGUUCGCGGGCUUCAGGAGGCAGGUGACCGCCUCGGACCUCAUGGACUCGGGAAUCAUCGACAAGGACACGCUGGCCGACCUCCUCCAGGGCUCCAAGACGGUGAAGGAGGUGACGGAAAUGGACUCUGUCAAGCGCUACCUGGACGGCACGGGCUGCAUCGCCGGAGUGCUGGUGCCGUCCAAGGCUGACCCUGCCACGGUGGAGAAGAUGAGCAUCUACCAGGCCAUGUGGAAGGGCAUCCUGCGGCAGGGCACGGCCCUGGUGCUGCUGGAGGCGCAGGCUGCCACGGGCUUCGUCAUUGACCCGCUCAAGAACGAGAAGCUCUCCGUGGACGAAGCCGUCUCCUCGGGGCUGGUGGGCAGCGAGCUGCACGAGAAGCUCCUGUCGGCAGAGCGAGCCGUGACAGGCUACACCGACCCCUACACCGGUGAGCAGAUCUCCCUCUUCCAGGCCAUGAAGAAGGAGCUCAUCGUCAAGGAGCACGGCAUCCGCCUGCUCGAGGCCCAGAUCGCCACCGGCGGCAUCAUCGACCCCGUGCACAGCCACCGCGUCCCCGUGGAGGUGGCCUACCGGCGCGGUUACUUCGACCAGGAGAUGAGCCAGAUCCUCUCCGACCCCACGGACGACACCAAGGGCUUCUUCGACCCCAACACGCACGAGAACCUCACCUACAUGCAGCUCCUCCGCCGCUGCGUCCCCGACCCGGACACGGGGCUCCUCAUGCUCCAGCUCAUGGACAAGGGCUCGGUGCUCUACCAGCUGAGCGAGGACGCCCGGAAAGCCCUGCAGGCGGCCCGCACCACCGUCAGCGGGGGUCUCUUUGAGGGCCAGAGCGUCACCGUGUGGGAGCUCCUCUUCUCUCGCUACAUCCCCGACCACCGGCGGCAGGAGCUCCUCGGGAAGUACAAGGCGGGGACGGUGACCAUCCCGGAGAUGAUCACCAUCCUCACCGCCAUCGUCGCCGGGACCGAGGGCCGGGGCCACGGCGCCGCCACGGCCGGCAGGGCGCCGCGCCGGGAGGCGACGUCCUCGCCCGAGAACGGCGAGGCCGCGGGCUCCCCGCGGGAGCAGGAGCGGGAGCGGGAGCUGGAGCGGGCCCUGACGUCCCGCACCGUCGAGGUCUCAGUGGGCGGCUUCCAAGGCCGGAAGGUCUCCGUGUGGGAGCUCCUCUUCUCCAAGUACGUCUCCGAGGCAAAGAGGCAGGAGCUGCUGGGGAAGCUCCGGGACGGGAGCCUGACGCUGGACGAGCUGGCAAGGCUCAUCACCGUCCUCGUCGAGGAGACGGCGGCGAAGAGCAGCAACGUGAAGUUCGCGGGCUUCAGGAGGCAGGUGACCGCCUCGGACCUCAUGGACUCGGGAAUCAUCGACAAGGACACGCUGGCCGACCUCCUCCAGGGCUCCAAGACGGUGAAGGAGGUGACGGAAAUGGACUCUGUCAAGCGCUACCUGGACGGCACGGGCUGCAUCGCCGGAGUGCUGGUGCCGUCCAAGGCUGACCCUGCCACGGUGGAGAAGAUGAGCAUCUACCAGGCCAUGUGGAAGGGCAUCCUGCGGCAGGGCACGGCCCUGGUGCUGCUGGAGGCGCAGGCUGCCACGGGCUUCGUCAUUGACCCGCUCAAGAACGAGAAGCUCUCCGUGGACGAAGCCGUCUCCUCGGGGCUGGUGGGCAGCGAGCUGCACGAGAAGCUCCUGUCGGCAGAGCGAGCCGUGACAGGCUACACCGACCCCUACACCGGUGAGCAGAUCUCCCUCUUCCAGGCCAUGAAGAAGGAGCUCAUCGUCAAGGAGCACGGCAUCCGCCUGCUCGAGGCCCAGAUCGCCACCGGCGGCAUCAUCGACCCCGUGCACAGCCACCGCGUCCCCGUGGAGGUGGCCUACCGGCGCGGCUACUUCGACCAGGAGAUGAGCCAGAUCCUCUCCGACCCCACGGACGACACCAAGGGCUUCUUCGACCCCAACACGCACGAGAACCUCACCUACAUGCAGCUCCUCCGCCGCUGCGUCCCCGACCCGGACACGGGGCUCCUCAUGCUCCAGCUCAUGGACAAGGGCUCGGUGCUCUACCAGCUGAGCGAGGACGCCCGGAAAGCCCUGCAGGCGGCCCGCACCACCGUCAGCGGGGGUCUCUUUGAGGGCCAGAGCGUCACCGUGUGGGAGCUCCUCUUCUCUCGCUACAUCCCCGACCACCGGCGGCAGGAGCUCCUCGGGAAGUACAAGGCGGGGACGGUGACCAUCCCGGAGAUGAUCACCAUCCUCACCGCCAUCGUCGCCGGGACCGAGGGCCGGGGCCACGGCGCCGCCACGGCCGGCAGGGCGCCGCGCCGGGAGGCAACGUCCUCGCCCGAGAACGGCGAGGCCGCGGGCUCCCCGCGGGAGCAGGAGCGGGAGCGGGAGCUGGAGCGGGCCCUGACGUCCCGCACCGUCGAGGUCUCAGUGGGCGGCUUCCAAGGCCGGAAGGUCUCCGUGUGGGAGCUCCUCUUCUCCAAGUACGUCUCCGAGGCAAAGAGGCAGGAGCUGCUGGGGAAGCUCCGGGACGGGAGCCUGACGCUGGACGAGCUGGCAAGGCUCAUCACCGUCCUCGUCGAGGAGACGGCGGCGAAGAGCAGCAACGUGAAGUUCGCGGGCUUCAGGAGGCAGGUGACCGCCUCGGACCUCAUGGACUCGGGAAUCAUCGACAAGGACACGCUGGCCGACCUCCUCCAGGGCUCCAAGACGGUGAAGGAGGUGACGGAAAUGGACUCUGUCAAGCGCUACCUGGACGGCACGGGCUGCAUCGCCGGAGUGCUGGUGCCGUCCAAGGCUGACCCUGCCACGGUGGAGAAGAUGAGCAUCUACCAGGCCAUGUGGAAGGGCAUCUUGCGGCAGGGCACGGCCCUGGUGCUGCUGGAGGCGCAGGCUGCCACGGGCUUCGUCAUUGACCCGCUCAAGAACGAGAAGCUCUCCGUGGACGAAGCCGUCUCCUCGGGGCUGGUGGGCAGCGAGCUGCACGAGAAGCUCCUGUCGGCAGAGCGAGCCGUGACAGGCUACACCGACCCCUACACCGGUGAGCAGAUCUCCCUCUUCCAGGCCAUGAAGAAGGAGCUCAUCGUCAAGGAGCACGGCAUCCGCCUGCUCGAGGCCCAGAUCGCCACCGGCGGCAUCAUCGACCCCGUGCACAGCCACCGCGUCCCCGUGGAGGUGGCCUACCGGCGCGGCUACUUCGACCAGGAGAUGAGCCAGAUCCUCUCCGACCCCACGGACGACACCAAGGGCUUCUUCGACCCCAACACGCACGAGAACCUCACCUACAUGCAGCUCCUCCACCGCUGCGUCCCCGACCCGGACACGGGUCUUUAUUUCCUUAAUAUUUUAAGCAUAUAG